UUACGAUAAUCUUGGGAAGCCUCACUUUUUGACCAACGUUUUGAGUCGGCUCUUUUCUCUCCCUAUAAAUUAGCCAUUUUUCUAUCUAAUUUUUUAACACAUUCUCAAACCUCCAAAUUCUUGAUCAAAAUAACAAUUUAAAAAUAUGAAUGGAAAAGGCAGCAGCAGCAGCGGUGGAGGAAAGAGUGGUGGAGAUGGAGGAAAGAGCGGUGGCCGUAGUGGAAACGCUGGAGGAGGAGGUAACAUGGUAGCACCAGGGACAAAGGGUGGUGCAUACAUCUCAAGAGGUGGAUUUGAGAGUAACCCUCAAGGUUACUUUAGUAAUCUGCAUGGUAGUGGACAGAGCAAGAAGUGAGCGAUCGAUGACUUCGAGUACAAUCAUGAUCCAUCAUCUUCUUUCAUCUAAUUCUCUAGUUUUUUAAAUAAAAAUGCAAUGAAGUUCAAAUAAGUAUUGAAUAAACGAAUUUUAUCUCUA